ACAGAAUGAAAUAUGAUUGAAAAUGCAUCCAGUUUCCACUAAAGUCAAACUAUGAAGCACUUUAUAGUCUGUAAACUACGUAGGAAGAGAGACUGGUGAUGUUCCUCUAGAUUGUGGUUGGCCCAGUUGGGCGGUGCUUGGUGUAGUGACUCUGUUCUGCACUAGAUGACGCUGCUUAGUUUAAUGCAGUUGAUCGAUCGCUGUGGUGCAUGAAAGUGCUUAUGUGCAUAUGCGGGAGGGGUGAGAAUGGAGUCCUACAGUCCCCCAGUCUCUAGUAUCAGAAGUCUAUCCUCUCAUUGAUUGGCAAUCAAGCACCCUUCCUUUGUCUUUGGCUUCUGUCCACUCCCCAUUUCUCCACUGUCUGUGACCAAGCUGUCAGCUUGGCAGAGGACACCUCCCCCCCAAAUUUUAUCUCAGAUAGGGCAAUGUUUACAAACUCCCCAUUUCUGAGGGCCAAGCAGCUUUGACCCUCUCAGACCCUCAGGGGAGGGUCCACCAAGCAAUGUCAUGGUGCCCGCCCACCCCUGGUACGUUUGUGUGACCGUGCUGCUGCAGAUGCCCAGAGAUUGUGGCCAGGUGCCCCAGAAAAUGUUGGUGUGAUUGUGUAGUAGCAGCAUUUCAGGGAUUAUGGUAAAUCACAGCACCCAUCUGGCACCAGGCUUCACCCUUACCAUCCUUGUUCCAACAGCAGCAAUGUGGCUGUUCUCCAGGGUCUGCUGGGACCUUUGCCUGUGGCGAGGCUGCAAGGCCUCUACCAAAUAUCCUCCCAGCAGAGAAAUUGCCUCUCCCCGUGUGGCCUGAGGACCCCUCGGACCUUGCUGUCUGUUUCCCUCCCCACCAGAGCUCUCCCAGGUAUCGAGCUGUGGAGUUUCAGACUCUAUGCUCCCCUGUUUAUAGCCUCUUCAUGAAAUUGAAACCCUCUCCUUUCUCUCUUCUCCCUGUUUUUGUUCAGUCCCCUCCUUCUCUUUCUCUCCAGCUGCUCUUUUGUUGGGCAGUGCUUCUCCUAUACUCUCCCCCAUCUCCAUUCUCUCUCCACAAGCAAAAACAGCUCCCUGCCCUCCAUAGCUUCUCUCUUCCCCAGUUCACCUCUCCACGCUGUGUACCUGACAAAUUCUGUGGUUCAAGUUGUGCAGAUUGUUGUGUUAUUCCUCAGAUCAGGUUUCUAGAUAUGCAAGACGGUUUGGUGUUGAUUUAGUUGCAUUUCAGUGAGGAGAGAGGCAAAAAACUUUCCAUGCUCCUCUGCCAUCUUGGCCUCUCCCCAACAUUGCCUUAGAAUGUAUCCACUGAUACAGGAGGCUUUGAGCUCCUCUCUCUCUUAUUUACAUCCCACUCCUACACCCGUUGUGUUACCUGCUCUGCUCACAACUUUGUCUUUUCUAUUGCCUGAUGGUUUUGGGUGAGCUCUUGACUCAAGGUCUUUGCACAUGCGAUUUCUCUGCCUUAACUGGUUUUCUCAAAGUUAUCCACAUGGUUCAUGCAUCCCUGAGUUUUCCAGCUCAGAAGCCCCUGAUCAGUCAUGACACAAAGGCAGGUUUUCCUUCCACUUAGGACUACUGUGUCCCGAACUUUUUUCCUUAUUAGUUGUAACCACCACCUGAAACACCAUUUAUUCCUUUAUUAAUAUUCUGUUCCUCCCUCUGACACACACACAUCUUAGACUGUCUUGUUAAGGUGAAACACACAUUACUACUGCAUUUGUGCAAUGCUGUUAAAAAUACUUGUCACAAGAUAAUGUGUUAAAUUUUCUCGGGUGGAAAAAAAAGGUCCCAGGAAAUUUAUGGAGGAGAACAUUGCUUUGGAUAAUUGUUUUGAUUCAGAACAAGAAUUGUGAACAGUUUAAGACUCAUGGAAAACAUGGAUAUUUGAGAGUCCCUGAAAUUUUCUGGUGUAUAUUCUAGAUUGGUAGGGAGUGUGUAAGAAUUAAUGAAUGAAGCAUUUUGAAAAGACAGCAUUUCUUGUAAUUCUGUGAUCAUGCUGCUGCCUUUCCAAUGUUCUUGUCUCUGUUCCAGCCAUUUUCAUCAAUUACAUGGAAGGAAGAAAUCAAACUCAUGUUACGGAAUUUAUCCUCUUGGGACUCUCAGACCAGGGGGCGCUGCAGUCACUGCUCUUUUGGCUGUUCCUGUCCUUGUACUUGGUCACCUUCACUGGGAACCUACUCAUGAUCCUGGCCAUUAUCACAGACUCCCUCCUCCACAUGCCCAUGUACUUCUUCCUCUCCAACCUGUCCUUUUCAGACAUCUGUUUCACCUCCACCACCAUCCCAAAGAUGCUGCUGAACAUCCAGACGCAGAGCAGAGGGAUCUCCUACAAAGGUUGCCUCAGCCAGAUGUACUUUUUCAUGCUUUUUGCAGGAAUCGACAACCUCCUCUUGACAGUGAUGGCCUAUGACCGGUUCGUGGCCAUCUGUCACCCAUUGCACUACAUGGUCAUCAUGAACCCCAAGUUUUGUGGCAUCCUGCUUCUGGGAUCCCUGUUAUUGAGUGUUCUUGUCUCUCUGUUACAUGACUUACUGAUUUUGCGACUCUCUUUUUGCGCAGAUCUGGAAAUCCUUCACUUCUUCUGUGAACUUAUGCAGGUGAUCCAACUUGCUUGCUCUGAUACCUUCCUCAAUGACCUGGCGAUGUAUUUGGCAAGUGGACUUCUGGGUGUUGUUCCACUCACUGGCAUCCUCUCCUCUUACUCUAGAAUUGUAGCCUCUAUUUUGAGAAUUUCAUCAGUGAAGGGCAAGUAUAAAGCAUUUUCCACGUGUGGGUCUCAUCUCUCAGUUGUGUUCUUGUUCUAUGGUACAAGCCUUGGUGUGUAUUUUAAUUCUGCUGCUUCACAAACCUCCAGCACAGGUGCCAUAGCCUCAGUCAUGUACACGGUGGUGAUGCCCAUGCUGAACCCCUUCAUCUAUGGUCUCAGGAACAGAGACAUCAAGCAAGCCCUGAGAAAGCUCUUUAGUCGAGAGACGUCUGCAUGUAGGUUUCUUUGUUUCAGGAUAAAGACUUGAGCAACAGGGCUUAAAACCCUAGAAGACCUAGAUCAUGAUAUUUGUAUCAGUUCAUAGGCUGGCAAUGCGCAUUUUUUCUCCUUAACAUAUUAGUUAGCUGUAAGUUUUCAUACAUCACAAGCAACUAUUUUGUCUGUAGCUUUUUAAGGUUCAUUUAUUUAUUUUGAGUGGGAUAGCAAGAAUGAGUAUGGAGAGCCAGAGGGAGAUUGAUGGAAUAUCCCAAGAUAUGUCCAUGCUGUCAGCGCAGAGCAUGAAGUGGGACUUAAUAUCACAAACUGUGAAGUUUUGAUCUGAACCAUAAUCAAGAGUUGGACUCUUAUCUGGCUGAGCUACCCAGGAACCCCUCUACUGAAUUUCUUUAAAACUGUUUAGUCAUCGUAUUAAAUUCCAUUGCACGGAUUUUUAGAAGAAAAUUUUAAUGUGUAUUCAUUUUUUGAGAAAGAGAUAGAGAGAGAGAGAAUAAAUCAGAAGUAGGCUCCAGACUCUGAGCUAUCAGCACAGAGGGUGAUGCAGGGCUUGAAACCAUGAAUCGUGAGAUCAUGACAUGAACCAAAGUCAGACGCUCAAAAAAUUCAGCUACCCAGGUGUCCCCAUUGCAUGGAUUUUAAGAACAUAUACAUAAUAUAACAAAUUGAGUACUUAUAAUGUGAUAGGAGGAGCCAAUGGAGUAAAUGUGAAAUGCUUUUUCUCUGGGUUGAAAGCAGGUGUCAGAGUAUCUGCUUUUCGAGGAAAAUCAUUGUACCUAUCACAGGUUAUAUACAAGUUUCGAGAGUUUUAAGUCAAUCCACCUUGGAAGGAGAUCACAUCUGCAAGAGCCUAGGCACCUGGAACCUUCUGUGAUUAGUUUACAAUAAUCCACCUUCACUAUGCAGUCUCCAGUUUCCCCUCACACAGUCCAAAACAUAAAUGAAGUGUGAAGGUAAUAGAAAUUGCAACUCCUGAUUUUUCAGGCCUUGAUAGUGGCAUUCUUGGUGAUUUUCCCAGGGAUGCAUUAUUACUUUUCUUUUAAUAUUUGGUAGGCAGCAGCACUGUCCUGUGAUUUCCCUCAGCACCUCCUACCGUAAUAGGCUCUUCACAGAUCUCACACACAAUAUGGCUACUCUGCCUAUUGCCACCUCCAUCUUUUCUAAUGCUGCAGCCCAGAAAUUAGGCAGUGAGAACAGGAUGCAAUUAUGGACUUGACCUGUGGCUUGUGAGACAGAAUAAGAUGAAUGUCUCUUUCUCACCUACCCCAGAGGCCCUCAUCUGGAUUAUAAGCCAUAAUGGUAAUUUUCUAUUCCCUUAUUCACAGUUUUCCAGGUAAAUAGCCACAGGUCCUUUCAAACACUAGUAUGCAGAUAAAUGUUCAUGGGACUAUCUCUCAAAAAGAAACAGGGAAAGCAAGAAGAAAGGAAGUAAUUGAGAACAAAAGAAUAAAGAAGAGAGCUUAUUUGUAACAUUUGCCAGUUUCCAUGGUAUAAUUACUCUCAUCUUUUCCAAUAUCAAGUUACCAAUUUUAGUUCAGACCACAGUCCUCAUGAACCAUUAUAAGCUAGCCAGCGCCAUCACCUCAGAGCCUUUGGGUUGGGUUUGGAGGAAAAUGUAAAGUAAUUGUUGCCAUUUUACAGCCUUCUGUCAGGUGUAAAUGGUCACAUCAGUUGAGGAUUUGGGGCAGUGAACAGUCUCAGGACUGAUAGGUAGAGAUUAUGACCCUUCAUUGUAGUGACUCAGGUCUAUCUUUUCUUCAUGACUUUAGAGUUGGUUGUGUUUUUGUUUUUGUUUUGUUUUGUUUUUUUGUUUUGCUUAUUUUUUUUAUUUACACAAAUUAGAUAGGCUAUUACUAAGCUGCCCAUCUAUUUUUGUUUCUUGGAGACACCAGGAUGAAUUUGCCAUUUGCAAAAAUCCAUGUGGAUCAACCAGUGUUGAUGAGAAUAAUUAAUUCUUAUGCACUAUGAAUAACAUGCGUCAAAUGGUUUGGGACUGCUGUCAUGGCCUCUGGCAGUUCAGGAGGGGCUGAACUUAGGACAAAGGCAUUUCAAUUUUAGCAGGUCCAUGGUAAGUCUGUCCUAUGGGGGAGAAGCUCUGUAGAGUCUGUCAAGGAAAACAUUAUAGCCCUCCCCAAGCUAUUUCUCAAUGAUCUUAUGAAUUUUAUGUCGUCUGAAACUUUAGUUUGGGUAUAUUUGGGGUUGAUGUAUUGAAUCACACAAGAUAAACCCAUCACAAUGCCCUAGUCUCCUUGUACUUUGGAUUCCUUCCUCUACAUCAUAUUAAGCUAUUUAUGGCAUUGAAAUUAUUUUUUUCCUUAAAGUUCAUUUAUUUCUUUUGAGAGAGAAGAGAGCAAGCUGGGAAGGAGCAAUCAGAGGGAUAAAGAGAAAAUCCCAAGCAGGCUCCACACUGCCAGCCCAGAGCUCAAUAUGGGUCUUGAACUCACAUAUUUUUAGUUCAUGACCUGAGCCAAAAUCUAGAGUAGGACGCCUGACUGAGCCACCCAGGACAGAUGAAAUUCUUGUGGAGAAUGUCACUCUUUCUUCAUCAUUUUUCAGGGUAAAAAAUAUAUGUAAUUUAUUAUUUUAAACAUUUUGAAAUAUGCUUAUGCAUCAUUAAGUACUUUCUCACUGUUUAGCAACCACCACCUCUAUCUGUCCCCAGAACUUUCUCAUCAUCUCAAAUUUAACUUCAGUUUCCUUGUAAUAGUAAAUUCAUAUGGAAGAUUCCCUCUGCCCCACCCCUGUCUCCCACCAUCCUACCUUCUCUCUCUCAAACUGAUAACCCUGGUUAUCUCAUAUAUGUGUAAUUGUAUAAUAUUGGUCCUUUAGUGCUGGCUUCUUUCAGUUAGCAUAAUGUUCGUGAGGUUCCUCUGAAUUAUAGCCUGUGUAGAAUUCCAUCCAUUGAAAAAGCUGAAUGAUGUUCCACUGGAUGUGUUCACCACACUUUGUUCAGAUUAUUGACGGACAUUCACGUUGUCUCUACACUUUUGUUAGUGUGAAUAAACCUGUUAUGAAAAUUGGUGUAGAAAUAUGUGUUUUGCUCACUUCUUUAAUUUCUUUUUGGGCAUAUAAGUGGGUAAAUAAAUAGCCGUGAAACUAUUCCAUCAAACGAUAAUUCUGGGUUUACAUUAUUGAGGAACUGUCACACUGUUUGCUUCAGCAGCUGUGUCCCUUUUUAUUUUCAUCAGCAAAGCACCACAGGGUUCCAAUUUGUCCACAUC